UUCAUUCAUAAUGUCGUUCAAUCCGUUGUCUGUUAUCCUAAAAGAAAAUCAACUCACCGGUCCUAAUUACAUUGAUUGGAAAAGGAACUUAGACAUAGUGCUUACUGCUGAAAGCUAUAAGUAUGUGCUAACUGAGGCUUGUCCUGAUGUGCCGGCUGAUAAUGCCUUAGAUGAGGAGAAACAGGAGUAUGCUCGGUGGAAGAAGGCUGAUGAGAUGGCGAAGCGUUACAUUCUGGCUUCUAUGUCAAAUUGCGUAGCAGACUCUACUAUGGAAGCCGAGUACAUCGCAGCCUCUGAGGCAGUGAAAGAGGCAGUUUGGCUAAGAAACUUCUUGGUGGACUUAGAAGUGAUUCUGAGUUCGCCACGUGUUAUUACCGUGUACUGUGAUAACAGUGGCGCAGUAGCAAACUCUAGGGAACCACGAGCCCACAGAGCAAGCAAAAACAUAGAGCGCAAAUACCACCUUAUCAGAUAUAUUGUGGCAAGAGGAGAAGUUGAGAUCACCAAGAUUGCAUCAGAAGACAACCUAGCUGAUCCUUUUACGAAGAGUUUGCCGGAGAAGGUCUUCGCCAAACACGUAGAGGGAAUAGGAGUCAAAUCAAGUGACCAUACCACGACGACCAGGACGACGAGACGAAGAGAUCGCCAUCGAUAUCACCGCCAUCCGCCGCCGCACGCGCCGCCUGAAGGGAGCAGCUGUCAAAUCUUACUCGCGCGCGUGAGAGCGCGUGGAUCGUUAGUUUUCCAAUCGGUCAACGCUGUUGACUUCGCCGUGACGCCAGCUUUCCGGAUUGGUCAAGUUUGUUCGAUUCCGAGAAGUUAUGAGUUGCGUUCAGCAAUUAAGGAUCAACGUACAAAAAUUCCAGCAAUUAAGAUCAAAUACACAAAUUAUGAAAUCAUACAAGAUUCAGCAGUUUAUCGAAUUUUAAUUACAACUGAAGCAAUCCCAACUCCAAAAAUUCCAAUAUUUUUGGAGCAUGCAAGUACACAUAAAAUAAGCAUCGCGUUAAAAUUUCAUAGCAUUCCGACCAGUAUACAAUUUUUAAAAAUUCGAACACCAAAACAGCGAGCAUACGAGGUAAUUAAUUCAAGCACGACUCAACAAGACUCAAAUUUGUUCCGGGACCUUCACUUAAGACCAAGAACACGUUGUUCCAACUCCUACAGUAACUUAACACGAGUAUACAUGAUCUCGUUCGAGAACGAACGGGGCUCGACGGGACCACGAGCUCGACGACUACACACGUCUCGCCGGAAAGAAAGGACAACAUUGGCUGAAUGGGGCUCGAAUGGGACCUCGAACUGCAGCCCGACGGGACUGGACGCCGGCCAAGGUCUUCGCGGCGAUCGUCUGCGGUGGUUCACGAUGGCACUAAGUCGUAAGAGGAGAGCUCGGGUCGCGGCUUGCUGCUGCGUGGCGGAGGAGGGCUCACGCGGAUACGCUGCUGGGGUUGGUGUAACACCCCGCUUAUCAGA